AUGGCUGCCCAAGGAGCUCUUGAACAAGCUUCCACGAACCAUAUUGAGAUUCCAGUUUAUGGAAAUGUUGCCGAUCAGCCAAGACAACAAUCCCAGAGGCCUGAAGAUGAAGAAGAUGAGACUUUUGACUACUCCCAGAGGACACAAUGGCUUCGAGCCGCGGUGUUGGGAGCCAACGAUGGGCUGGUCUCGGUUGCAUCACUGAUGAUGGGCGUGGGAGCUGUGAAGCAAGACGUGAAAGCCAUGCUGCUUGCAGGGUUUGCAGGGCUGGUGGCCGGGGCUUGCAGCAUGGCGAUAGGAGAGUUUGUCUCUGUGUACACUCAGUACGACAUAGAGGUGUCUCAAAUGAAACGAGAUGAGAUGAGAACAAAUGGUGCUGCUACGGAGAAUGCACAAGAGGCAAAGAAGAAGAAGCUGAAGCUGCCAAAUCCUGCACAGGCAGCCAUGGCUUCAGCCAUUGCAUUUUCGAUAGGUGCCGUGGUGCCUUUGCUAGGAGCUGCAUUUAUAAGUGAGCACAAGGUGAGGCUAGCAGUUGUGGUGGUCUUGGCAAGCGUGGCGUUGGUUGUGUUCGGAGGAGUAGGAGCGAGGCUGGGAAGGACAUCGAUGAUGAAAUCUUGUGCCAGAGUUCUCGUUGGAGGAUGGAUGGCUAUGGCUAUUACUUUCGGACUCACCAAGUUAAUUGGGUCUAAUGGUCUGGAAAUGUGA